CGAGCCAUUCGGCCCCUGCGGGCUCUCAUGCGAGAAGAGCGCUUAGACUGCGCGAUGUUGUGGGUGGUGCUGUCGAUGCGGUUGGUGGUGUGGUAGAUGCUGUUGUCGGUGGUGGGAGUUCGACGUCUCCGAGCUCUACACCGGACGCUGGGUCCGCAGCACCAUCGGGCUCCUCCGCUACAUCAUCGGGCGACCCUAGCGCAAUCACACCAGCUCCGAAUGCGACUCCCGAUGGUAAUGGAGGCGUGCUUUCGAGCGUGGUUUCCGGUGCUGGCAGCGUUCUCAGCGAUGCUGGGAGUGUCGUUAGUGGCGUCGGUAGUGCGGUCUCCAGUGCUGCGUCGGAUGUAAACAGCGCUGCUAGCAGCGCAGUCUCCGCCGUCACCAGUCUGCUUCCGCCCACAUCCGUUGAUACGAGCUUGACAAGUUCGACUCCUGAUGCCGGGUCGUCGAGCGCAAGUUCAACGUCCGACACGGCAACAUCUUCUGCCCCAACAUCUGACGCGGCAACAUCCUCUACUUUAACAUCUGACACGCCGACGUCCGUUCCACCAACCUCUACCUCUGCAUCCUCCUCGGGGGACAUACUCAGUAGUGUCCUUGGUAUCACUAGCGUCCUCGCUCCACCCACUACUACCUCUUCUGCACCACCAGACACCGUAGCCUCUACUUCUGCAUCCUCCGCGGGGGACAUACUCAGUAGUAUCAUCACUAGUGUCCUCCCUCCACCCACCACUACCUCUUCUGCACCACCAGACACCAUAACCGCUAUCCCCUCUUCGGCACCUCCCGCCACCACCACCACGGACGGUAAUGUUCUCAGCAGCAUCGUUUCUCAGGUCAGCAGCGCUCUCAGCAGCAUCGUUUCCCAGGCCACAAGCAUCCUGCCACCAGUGUCAACGGAUCUGCCGUCCUCGAUACCCACUUCUGUUCCACCUAUCACUUCCGAUGUCCCGCCCAUCACUUCUGAAGUGCCAUCAUCCAUACCCUCUUCUGUUCCGCCCCUUUCGGACGCGCCUUCCAGCGCUCCUUCAGGGUUACCAUCUUCGGUCGUCUCUGACCUUUCUAGCGUCGCCAGCUCUGUGCAGCCUUCGAUUGUGUUCCCCACUAGCAUCGUCAGUUCCACUGCCAGCGAUUCUGCUGUCCCGACCAGCGUCGACUCUGAUUCUGCAUCCUCAGCUGCCUCCGCUAGCACCACCAUCUCCGUGGCUGCUGAAUUCUCAUUCAUUCUUACUGAAUCGUCUCUUGCCUUCACCUCUAUUGCCACACCGACGUCCCAGCCAACGCUCACUGAUCCCGAUCAGGCGACGACCACCGUCAAUCCAACGAUCGCAGCGGCAGCUACGACGUUGACCGUAGCCCCCCUCCCCACAGGCAUUCCUGCUCGGAUUUACCCGCAGGACCAGCUCAACUCCGAAACUGAUCUACAAGGCUAUACGUUGAUCAGCAUUCUGUUUAAUCAAGAGUUGAACUGGCCGUUCGUUGUUAACAAUCAGGUUUCUUCCAGUCAGAUCUUUGCAUACGUUCCUGUGAUUAUCUCAACUGCACUAGGCAUCCCUGCGAACCAAGUCAAAACGUGGGCCUUGCAGGUCUACGUGCCCACCACCUACCAAACCGCCGCUGACCAAUCUGUUCUUGGCACCAUGUGGCUAGGCUACAUCCCCUCCGACAUGGUCGACACCCUCGCGGCCGAAAUUAAAGCUAAACAAUCGGCGUUCUAUACGGCAGUACCUGACACCGUCGCACAGGCCCUAGCAGCGCACGUUAACACCGGGUUCUCCAUCACCUCCGUCCCAGAUCCCAACCUCUCACCUAGCUCGUCCUCCUCGUCUUCAGGCGCUGGGGCGGUUGGAUCCGCGUCGACCGAGGGCAAGGCGAGGCAAGAUGCGAUUAUAGGUGUGGUCAGCGCCCUUGGGGCCAUUGCUGUUCUGGUGCUCGUGUUCCUUGUGUAUCGGUCGAUGAAACGCCGCAAGCAGCUUGCGCAUCGGAGGUUGUCGGAUCCCCCUGAUGCGGUUGUUGAAGGCUCUAGGCCGGAGGGGAGGGAGUUUGAUCAGGAUAGUGUUGGGGGUGCGAGGAGACGGAGCUUUUAUUAUGCUGAGGAUUCAUUGAGGGGGUAUGCGGAGAGGAAUGAGGAUGCUGUUGGUCCUUCUGCUGCUUCUGCGAACCCGCAGAUAACGCAGAGGAGGAACGUGAUUCCUGCUGCGAUUUCGGCGCCGAUUUUGAGGGAGAGCAGUAUGAAUUGGUAGUUCGUUGGUAGGUUUUUUAUUAUUUCUUCUUCUUCUUACCCUUACGAGCGAGCUCGGGUUGUUGUUCUUUCUUUUCCUUCUUUUUCUUGACUUUUUGCAAUUUUUUUUGCAUACGACGAUCUAUGUUGCUGUUGCUGUGGACCUUUUGCUGGGUCGCUCCCCCCCGCUUUUCUUUUGCGAUGGCAUUCAUGACCUACCUCCUCCCAUGUCAUUUGCAGUAGUUUUUUAUUCUAUUUAUUCGAAUAUAUACCUUGCUUCAUUAAUCCCCUU